AAGGGAUAGACAGUAGAGACGUGCGCAAACCGCGUGUGGCGCAGCCUGACGAAAUCCAAAAAUAACAAACCUGAGUGAAGAAAUUUGUGGAUAAGGUGAAGAUCAGAUACUGUUUUUAAGGCCUGAUAGUGUGGUGUGUGGAAUGUCUGACCUAGGCUGCUGUUGGACGUAGGCUAUAAAAAUGAUGUACACAUGCAUGAUCCUUUGCUCCCAGUCAGAAUGUCAGUCCUGAAUGUUCAGUUCCCGGAAUUGCUUUUAUAUUAAAGAUUACAAAAAAGGUCACCAUGAGCAGCAAUGAGUGCUUUAAGUGUGGACGUAGUGGUCAUUGGGCAAGAGAAUGCCCUACUGGAGGUGGCCGUGGUCGUGGAGGGAGAAGUCGUGGUCGAGGAGGGUUUACUCAAGCAAGAGAUAUUUGUUAUCGAUGUGGAGAGUCUGGCCAUCUUGCCAAAGACUGUGAUCUUCAUGAAGAUGCUUGUUACAAUUGUGGAAGAGGUGGCCAUAUUGCAAAAGACUGCAGGGAGCCAAAAAAGGAAAGGGAGCAGUGUUGCUAUAACUGCGGCAAACCUGGUCAUUUGGCUCGUGACUGUGAUCAUGCAGAUGAGCAGAAGUGCUACUCCUGUGGGGAAUUUGGCCACAUCCAAAAAGACUGCACCAAAGUGAAGUGCUACAGAUGUGGUGAAACUGGUCAUGUUGCCAUCAACUGCAGCAAAACAAGUGAAGUCAACUGUUAUCGUUGUGGAGAGUCUGGACACCUUGCACGCGAAUGCACAAUUGAGGCUACAGCUUAAUCCUAUUCCUUUGUCGCCCCUCCUUUUUCUGAUUGAUGGUUGUAUUAUUUUCUCUGAAUCCUCUUCACUGGCCAAAGGUUGGCAGAUAGAGGCUAGUCCCAGGCCAGUGAGCUUUACUUGACGUGUAAUAGGAGGAAAGGGGUGGAAAAUCGAAUUUCUGCAUUUAACUACAAAAAGUUUGUUUAGUUUGGUAGAGGUGUUAUGUAUAAUGCUUUGUUAAAAGAACCCCCUUUCCUUGCCACUGGUGAAUAGGGAUUAAUGAGUGGGAAGAGUUGAGUCAGACCAGUUAAGUCUUCUCUGGGAUCCAUGAAAGCGGCCCUGUGAGGGAGGAUUACCAAAUCUUGGAAGUGUCUGUGGAAAACUUCCUCGUGGGAUUUAAUUUUAAAAUUAUUGGCCUUGGAUUGUCAGACCUCAGAAACCGCUCACGGUGUAAAGCCACAUCUGUGUCGGGCCCUACCUACAGUGCAGUUCAGUGGGAGUAAAUUAAAAACAAGAACACAUUAUAUCGCCUGUCAACAGCCAAGAAGGGAAGUGUCACGGUAAACGGAAAAAAAAAAAAAAACACAGAAAAAAGGCGCUUGGCUUCUGAAUCUUGGCUAAGAUGCAGAUGUUAAUGAAAUGGUUAAAUAAAAAUUUUUUCAAAGUAAUGUAGAAACUUGGAAAAAAAAAACCCGUAAAAUAUGUCAGUGGAAACAAUGAAAAGUAAAUUUUGGAACUGUUCAGGAGUUGCAGUUGAAUGUGUUUUCACAGAAAUUGAGAUGUUAUUUUUGUACACUAUAUCACUUAGACAACUGUUAAUAUCAUUUUGCUUGUAAUCAGUUUUUAAAGUGGAUGGUAAAAGCAAUUAAAGUUAUAGAAAUAUAGAAAUGUAAUUUUAAACUAUCAAUAAAGCUGGAGGAGGAAGGGGAA